AUGAACCUUCCGCUCUCAUCGGAUGAGGUCGCAUUUGGUCGCAAGGUGGAAGAGGCCAACAAACUAUACUCUGGUCAAGUCCAUGCCUACAAGGUGGAGGUCCAGCGACUUGUGGACGAGCAGGCGGCGCUUGAGCGGGAGAGGAAGCCAUUGAAGACCCCACGCGCUGUUGUGCCUGUUGUGCAUCCUGUCCCUUGCGCUCGAUGCGUAAAGGCCAAGAAGCCUUGCGUUGGCAAGCCAGGAAAUUCCUGUGAGCUGUGCAAGGAUGCUUGCAAGAAAUGCGAGUACUCUACUCAUAGGCAUGGAGUCGCAAAGGAGAAGGGCUGCUGCAUGCGCUGUUGCGCAAAGGCAGCGGUAAAAGGCGCCCUCUGCUCCCACUCCAAGUUCCUCUGCGGGGCGGUGAAGGAUCUUCAACUCAGCUGA